AAUUUAAAUCUCCGACCAGGUUUUAAACUCCCCAGCGAGCGAGAGGAAGGAGGUCCGUGCCCGCUGUGUGUGUCUCUCUCUCCAAUUUUUAUCCCUCCGCCAUGCCUCACCGGAUCUAUUAUUCAGACAAAUACUACGACGAGAAGUUCGAGUACAGACAUGUAAUGCUGCCCAAGGACCUCUCCAAGCUGGUCCCAAAGACGCACUUGAUGUCGGAGUCUGAGUGGCGCAGCCUAGGAGUCCAGCAGAGUCAGGGAUGGGUCCAUUAUAUGAUACAUGAACCAGAGCCGCACAUAUUACUGUUUCGCCGGCCCAUAACGACCCCACCCCCAAAGAUGGAUGAGGACGAGGACGAGGAGGAAGAGGAGGAAGAACAACAGUAGGAGGACCCCAAUGCUCAUCGAUGCCCAUGUCUACCACUAGCUCAUCAUUCUUGUCUUCUCUCGGCUGUGACUUGACGCCUUCACCCCAACACAACUGCGAAUCUUCUGUUCCUGUGCUUUUUUCUCUUUUGAUGUUCCGUUUUACAGGGAUCUUGAUCUUGUCUCACUUUGGCUGUAUGUAAUUAUCAUUAUGAUUAUUAUUUCUUUUUUUCUUUUUUCUUUUUUUGUAAUUCUCCAUUUUUGCCUUUUCUUCUUAUCAUUAUUUGAUUUGUUUUUUCUUCCACUUUUUAAACAGUAACAACCCAAAUCAUGUAACAGUGAUGUAUAUAUAGCAUUUAAGGGAUGUUUGUAUUUGGGAGUCUUUGUUAAAAUUGUAAGGUCUGGCCUUUUCCAUUUAUGUGAAAAAAGUUUAUAGACAUUAGCUUCCCCUGUUAUUCUUUACUUUUGUAUUAAGUUUUGACAUUUCCAUAUCAUAGUUAUCUUUAUUUCAUCUGAAUAUAAAUUUUAUGCCAUAAA